CUAGACUUUUUAAAAAUAUUCAUCUCUACCUGCAUGCGUUUGCUGAUGUGGUUUUGCAGGGGGUUCAGAGGAACAGGUUUCUCUGGUACCUUAAGAUCUUAAUAACUUAACUUUUCAUUAGAAGUCUAAAGAGAUAGUGAUCAAAAAUAAACUGUUCUCUCUAUCCUGUCUGUGCCCUUGGCAGACAUCCUUUUAUCAGUUUUGUUUUUUUUUUCCCUUAUUUGCUGUGGUUGUCUAUAAACAUCAGGUGCCUGGUUCUGCAGUGAUAUCCAUGUGUGGGUUAAUGCUUUGUGUGAGCUUCAGGCCAUGGGUUGUAAAGUGUGGUUAUGGCAGACAGAGUAAGAUGCUCGCAGAAGGGAAGGGAUGGCAGGGGUUACUGUGGCUUAGUAAGCAUGAUCCAUUGAAGACUAGAAGCAGAUAGAACGCAAGUGCUAUCGACUAAAGUUUGGCAGAAUCUUUCUUGACAUCGGGCUGUGUUUUAGAAUUGUUUAUGUGUCUGACAGCGCUUUGGUUAAUUGGAAGAACUCUUAAAAAUCCUCACUGUUUCAAAACAAGGGAGGUAUUCACCUUCCCAAAUAGAUAGGAAAACUUUGGGAUAUAUUUCUUUGCUGAAGGUUGACUGGCGUGCAGUUCAUGGCAGGCUCAUCUCUACUGAAUUACAUACCAAGUUAGAGUCUUUGAAUGUGCCCAGAGAUAAGUCAACCAUGUUUUCCCUGAAAGUCCUGAUACAGAAAAAGAAUGAAAGUACAAACACUAACUGGAAAAAAUGUCAUGCAUUUUAGACACUUUGCAUCCUUUGUUAGGACAAACCCUGGGUUGGGUUUUUUACAUUUGUGAAGUUGUGCGGUAGGUGGAGCAGUGUGGGUGGCCCAGAAAAAGUAGCGGUUAGAAUAACAUUUUCCAUUUAUUGCCCUUUGUGCAUGGCUAAAAAUAAGAUUCAUACAAAUCAGAAUAUGUAAUGCAAGCAAAAUCACUCUGUUAAUUCUGAUGACUGGUUUGCCCACAUCUUUGCAUUUGUCUGGUAAGUGGUAUAUUGGGAAAUAAAUGUGUCUUUGUUUAAAUAGCAAAAGGCAGCCAGGUUUUUUGCGCUGUUUAUCGGCAUGUGAUAGUUUAUCAGCAUUUUCCCCUUCUGAAGGAAGAAAGGCACAACCCAAACAUUUACAAAUUGUGUCAAUGGAAGGAUGAAAGAAGUGGCCGAAUCCUUGAAUCUUUUUAAAAAGCAAUUGCCUUCUCUGAAAUGCUGUCUUACGACAUCCAUCUUCUUGGCUCAUUAUUAGAAAGUUGUUGUUUCUUGUAAACCCACAGAACAGAAAGGAAAGGGUCUGUUAGUGGUGUCAUCCUAGAGAUUGGCAAUAGUGUGCGUGUAUAUGGAUGGGGUGGUAGGGAGCAGGGGAUAAGGAUGAGCACACACCUGCCCUGUAGUACCCUCCAUGGACACAGAUGUUGGAGGAUCAGUUAACCAUGUGAAAACUCCCCUUCAUCUGGCUUCUGAGUCUACUGCAACCACAGUAAGUGAUAACAUGUCAGUUUGCGGCUACAUGAAACCCCAAAGAGAGAUGGCGUCAGCAAUCACAGGGAAAUUUGUGCCUUCGUGAUCCCAGAGAUGGUGCUGUCCCGUUCCACUGACUGAGUGGCUGUGGCAUUUCCAAAGAAUGACAAUGUCUGCAAGUGUUCUGAGCCUUUCAGUUUGAUGUAAUCUGUGAAAUAGAUGAGUCAAGAGGGCAGUCAUUCCAGAAGCCUCUGAGAAAUGAAGACUGUAAAUUACAUUCCUCCAACCAUGGCAGACAGCAUGGUGCAGUGCUUAAAGUAAGAUAAGAGCUUUGGGAGAAAAAAAAAGACCCCAGAGCAAAUCUUAACUUAGCUACCUGUUGACCUUGAUCUAUUUACUUAACCUCAUCCAGGCCUGGGUGUCUUGUUGAAAAAGGAAAUAGGAAUAGUACCUACCUUAUAGGGUAGUUGUAAGAAUUCAGCGAGAUUAUGUACCUUGUAGCACAAAGCCAAUGCUCCGUAAACCGAUGUUGGUAUUAUUCUUAUUUGUGCUGCUGCAUCAUUGGAGAAUUUCAGGGAUUUGGGAAUUCCCCUCUAUGCUUGGAGUACGGAUUUUGGAAUUAAAUGCACAAAGGAUCAGCCUCUUGUUCAUGUUUCUCAAUCAGAAGGAUCUAGGCAUUUAUAGAGUGAUUUGGUACUUCAUUGGUUACUAAUACUAUCUGGGAUGUUGUUUUUAUUCUACAAUCAAAUGAGCACAAUGUAAGCCUCUCUUUCCUUUUAAGAUUAGCACUGUGUUGAGCAUAAUCAGUUAUUUUUACCCUCUCACUAUGUUUUUUAUUUAAACAUGGAUAUUUCAGUUCUAACAUCUGUGCAUGUUAAUUGUUGUACCUGCUGGCGUGCAUUAUGAAAGAGUGUGCUAAUGUUGUAAUCAAGCAAGGUUUUAAAUAUUUCAGGUGGGAAUGAGCAAAACUUCAGGAACAAUUAGCUUCUGUGGUGGUGUAGUUCCCUACAGAAAAUACUGAAUCUAUUAUAAUUCUGGUUACUGAUUAGUCCUACAGAUGACCAAAUACUGAUGCAAGGAAAUCAAUUGCUGUUAACUUCUAUUUUCAUUAUUUUUUGCAAAUUAUUUUCUAUUUCAUGUAAUACAUACCUGCCCUUCAAGGAGUCCUUUUAUGCCCACCAGUUUUUUAUUAAAAUUAAAUCUAUUUUGCAUUUCAUAAUGUAAAGUCAUAACUGUAGGCAUCAUGUAACUUUUUUGGUUAACUUUUAGAACCUGUAGAAUUAGAUGCUAAGAGUUCAAAUUCAGCUUUCCCCAUGACCUUACUGGGAUGCUAUUUCUUCAUUUAUCAAAUUAAAAAAAAAAAAAAAAGACUGUGACAGCACCUUGACUUUGCCUUACCUGGGACCUGACAAGAAGUGAUAAAUGAGACCAAUAACCUAAGGAAUUAAAACAUGGUGCAGGAAAUAGGGAUGGCUUACUUUUAUCACUUAAUAAAUUCUCACUAGUUUUUUUUUUUUUAACUUCAAAUUUUCCUUUCCGUGGUCUGUCAUACCAGCCCUGUCUCAGAUACCACUCCUGAUUGUAAUUUAUAUAUUAGCACUAUCAUCAGAUUUUCUGGGUUUUUAAUGUUAGGAGUCGUCAAUCUGCAGCAGAGCCGUUUCUCAGGUUAGCUCUACCAGGAAGAUUUGUCUUUUAUUAAAAACAAUAUUCUGCUUCCUCCAGUGUAUCCAGACAGUGCUGCCUUGUCCGUUUUUCCCUCUUGAGUAAAGUGGAAGAAUGUUUUCCAGGCUGAGGAAAUUAUUCCAGUGACUUUCAAAGUUCCUGGCAUUGCAGAUACAGCUUUGGUUUCCCCACACACACACACACACUAUCUUUGCACACAUGCACACCACUAUCUUUGCCAUCCUCAUUACACUUUGCCACAGUCUGAAGUUUCUGUAAAACUCAUAGAUCAGCGAAAGUGAUAAAUUAGACUGGCUUUGACUCCCUCCCACACCUUCCUAAGGAAAGACAGAGAUUCUGAAAUGCAUCCCCGUCGAUACACCAGGCACUUCUUCCUGCAUAGCAGCCAGUUUUAACCUCUCCUUCAUGUGCAAUUUGAGUGCACUGGCGGGGCUGUCUCAUUAUUCCUUUGGUUGAAUAAUGUAAAGCAUUUGCAAUGGAGAUUUACUCUAAUGAUGUAUUUUAAGUGCAUGUCCACAUUGCUGGUUUAAUGCACUCAGUCAUGGAAUGCUUUAGAGUUUAUUGCUAAUGGAUGAAUCCUCAGGAAAACUGAAAUUUUCAAUAAGAUUGACAUUUGGAAUGAGAAAUAUAAAUCUAAUGAGAGCAUUUCAACCAAGGUUUGUAAUUAGGACUGAAUGGAGUAAAUUUGUACACGCACACCACAGAAGGGCACAGCAGAAGGUGAAAUUGCACACUCUGCUGUGAAUGAGGGAUGAAGGCCUAUGUAUCAGUGUCAGGCCAUGACACUGUGGAGUAUAAAUGAUACUGUCACCAAGUACUGCACAGGGUACCUAGGGGAAUUCCACUCUAGUAAAUUACAUUACUUAGACCUGAAGGCAUUGUGUUGGAAUAAGAGGAGGGGAAAGAAGGCUGUCAGCACUGAGCAGAAGAGACUGCAGUGCAACUGGCUGCAGGGAUGGAAGUCACUGGUUUCUGUUAUCCCUGGAGAAGUUUGUAUUCCCCUUUGUUAAUUAGUUUAUAGAAGCGACAGACAUGUACAUGUGAAAGAACAUCAUGUCUGCUUGGAGUACGGUUACACUUGACCAUAAGGGAAUGAAUGCGAGUAGAUUUCUGUAAAGUGGUCUCUGUUGGAUUCUCUUUCUUAUUAUUCACAGCUGGGUAAUAGUGGGUGUUCAAUAUAAGUUUGCUCUUAUUUUAUUUUUAUAAGGAUCCAACAUGCAUUGUGAGGAUUGAAUUCUCGGUAACACUUGUUUCUUUUCUAGCCCUGCCUUAAUAAGAGCAUGUGUGUCCUAGUCUCUUCUAUUACCAAUCACCUCUCAGACCUUCCAUCCCCAAGGCAAAGAGUCUGUACUGGCGCAUAACAUUUCAUUUUAUGAAAACUCAAAGUUAAGAACAGUUGAUUCUUAGAGUGUGACUUGUGGGGGGAAACUGGUUUUUUUUUUCACUUCUUUUUUCUUUUGUCCCCCUGCAGUGAAGUGGGGGGUUACCCUUUUUGGGUUGAUCUGUCUCACCAUUUCUGGGAAGCAAUUAGGAAAAGAAAAUAAGCACAUCAAUUAUAUUGCUACCUUCCAAGUCAUAGAAGUUCACUUUUGUCCAAAUGCCAGGUCUUAAGAAAGCCAGUACCAGGUGCUCUAGAAUUAGUCAGGAUCACUUCUUAGCUGGAAAGUAAAGGUCCCCUCCUGAAUAUAUAGGUUAUGAAUAUCAAUUCUGAGUUUCUCAUGUGUGUGUAUGAUGUAUGUGUGUGUCUGUGUGUGUGUGUGUGUAUUGCUGGGGAUUAAAUCCAGGGCCUUGCACAUGGGAGGCAAGUCCUCUACCACUGAGCUACACCCCCAGCCCUGACUUAAGUAGGUAUCAUAUAUUGUCUUUAGUGAACUAAACCUGAAAAAAAACAGAAUGUUUGGGAUUCUACAACAUGUCUCUACAAGGCUUCCAAGUGGCAGGCUUUUGGCAGUGUUUCUGAAAUGGUAGAACAUAUAGAUAGUGGUGGUUAUAAUAAUAUCUUGUAUUUGACUUUUAUUUUUGCCAAAAUAAUACACUAUUCAUAUCAGGUAUCAUAAUUUAGUUUGUUUUGUAGCCAUAGUUACACUCUUAUUUUUUUCAUCCAAUCAUAAAACUUAGUAAAAUCAACAUUCUUGGAAAACCAGAUCUGAGGGCAGACAGGAGAAAACUUGGUUAACAAUAAGAUGGUGGAUAUUUCUAUUUUGUUCAGUUACCCUCACCUUAAAAAAAUGUUUUAGUUGAUAAUUCUGAAAUAACAUCUACUUGUACAAAAGCCGUCUGUGCCACGCGCCAUCUUCAGCAUAGAAAGGCUGUGCCAUCUUCAGCAUAAAAAGGCUGUCUGCCAGACUUUGUUUUAUUCACUAAAACUUUAUAAAAUCCAGGAACUUCCUUAUGAGAAAUAAUAGUCUCUCCCUAAACAGAGUCACUGAAUUUCCCCCUUUUUUUUUUAUCAUGUUCACUUUAAUGGUGGCGUGCAUGUUCUUUUCAUUCAUGACAUUGAUUGGGAAAUCACACGUGUCUUAUUGUUUACCACAACCUUACACAUGCCCUUUCCCCCCACUGGCCUUUUUAUGUGGCAUGUUUAUCAAAUUGUAUCUUUGCAUUUUUCUGAAUUGAAUCUUGGUGAGAUUUGACAGCAUCUAAAAUGAAUUUGGUUCAGAGUCUUUCCUUUCCAAAGAGCUUCCUUUGUUCCUGCCUCCCUAUCCACGUCUGGCUGUACUCUCUUCUCUUUCUUACAUUAAAAUUGGAAUGGGAGAAUGGGGGAGCUCCUUAGGAGAAAUAGGUCUGUAGAGAAUUGUGAGUACUCAUUCAGAAGCUAUUCUUAGUUCUGAGAAAUAUAAUGAACUUGAGCUUUGAGUCCUGUUGAAGCUCCCAUUAACGAUCCCGCUAUCACCACCUCCCCUCUACCUGAUUAUGUUUUCUCCAAAGACGACUGGUAUUUUCUUCUUAAUAUUCUGAAUGGAGUAUUUUCCCAGUAAAGCACAUCUUGAAAGGCCGCUAGUCCUUUUACCGUGAUAGUUUACUGGGUGACUCUUAAUUGUCCUAUUAAGUGCUUCUAUUUUGCUUUACCACAAAGUCUGCUGUGUAGAAGACACUUCUAUAGACCUAGAUUUGCUUGUCAGAAGUCAACCCAUUAACGUUAGCACUUCACUUUUAUUAUCAUUAUGGUGUUUCCAACUGACAGCGGCUGCCACACACUGCCAUGUUCCCAAGUUCCCAGUGUUGCAGAAAAAGAGACUUUUGUUCUGACUUGAUGAGGAAAAAAAUGCAAACAACAACACAGCUCUACCACCAGAGAUUCUAUAAAGACAUGUUCAGAUGAACAAUAAGGUCCUUUGUUCACUCAUGACAUAAGGAUAUAAGAAUUUAAACAAUAAGACCUCUUGUGAAAUGUGGCCAAAUCUCUACCACAAACGUUGUGAAGUUCUCUGUCUUGAAGAAGGCAAUUUUUAUAUGGGCUUCAAAAAACCAUUAACUUCUAAACCACCCUUGAAAAACAGAAAAGAAAAUCACUUGUCUCACUAUAACAUUAAAGCAAUUUCUCUUCUAAGGAACGCUAAAAUACAUUCAUCUAUAUAAAGCACAUGCACUACAAUUUAUAAAAAUCACAGCCCUCUAUUAGGAAGUGCAGAGCCUCUCCCUCCUUCACCUGGAAUGGGAACCCCAUCUGUUUUGUGAAGACCCUUCUUUCUUUGAACAAUACUUAUUUCUUCCGAAUUGAGAAAAAAUCCUUUAAGUCACUUAGAUUCAAGAUGAAGUUUUAGGGCUUGAUAAUAAUUCUCUAAAUCCUUUUGACACUAGUGGAGCAUGGGGAGGGAAUAAUCCUGUUUGGAAGGGAAUUUUUUAAUUGAAUUUGCUUUAAUGUGAACCCUAUUCUUUUCUGCUCUGAGCCGUUAAGGGAGUCUUGGUGUAUUUGCAAACCUCAGCAGGGCUAUGGAAAAAAAAAUGUAGAGAUUUCCUUGUCAGUUUAUGUCAGGGGCUCUGAAAAACCUCAAAAUUGUCCUGGUUUCCAUGUUUGAAAUGUGACCUUUCAGGAAAAGAGGAAGUUGGGGAUGGAGGACGAACUAAAUGGUCAGGGGUGCCCCAUUGAGCUGACGUAGUAUUAAACUCCGAAGAUUUCCAAGUGUUUGCAGAUGGAUAUAUACAGCAUCCUUGCAGAAUCCUCUUAAUUGAAGAAAUGUUUCAUCUCUAUCUCUGUUGACAGAAAAGAUUGCCUACUGAUAAUUGCUUUGCUUAAGUGUCUGAUAAUAUGCCAGGAAUGAGAGCAUUCUGUGUUAGGUCAUCUUUAAUUAUGCAUGUACCACCUGUCAGCCCUGUAUCAGUACCAGAUUAGAUUCUCAUGGAGUCAGUAUGGGGAGGAUUGGAGGCAAGCUGAGGUGAUCUCUUUUAGAAACAACAAAAAUAGUAGUAAACAUGCCUUAUAACCUGCAGCUUUUAAAGGAGCCUCCUCUGCAUUGUUCUUGAGCAGGAAUAAGCCAUCGGUACAUCUGAAAAACUUUUGAAAUCUUGCCCAGGCAAGAUAAAUUACUGUGAAGACAAAUUACUGCAAGAGAGGAUGGUAGCACCUCCCCCCUCGGUACCAUCUGUUGCAUUUCCUUUUUGCUCCUUCUCAUGGUUGUAACUGAGCCAGGGAAAAGCUCAGAAACAUUUUUAUAAGCUAUGUGAGGACAGGAAAUAUGUUAACGAUGUUAGAUUUCAUACAUUUCAGGGGUUUUUUCAGUAGCUAGUUGGCUUUUUUUAGAAGGACAAGUGUGGGUUGGAAGUAAUGCUUAUUACCCUCUGUCAGCUUUUGGUAGUUUUAUUCUCACUUUUCAGGGUUGUUUGGGACUUUCUGGUGGGAUGUUUAGGGUUCUUUACUGAAAGCUCUGUUCUCUCUUCCAUCCUUUGAUAAGAUGGAUUUGUGAAAGGUGUUUUUCUUCAUCCACCUGUCAGAAGUUUAGGGGAAGCUUUGAGUUAUUGUGCCCUUUACAGUGGUGGGAUUGAAUGACUGAGAGGCUAAAGGCAGAGAAGAGACAGGUGGAUGGAAAUAAACAGGUGUGUGAGUUCUCACACAGGGCAUCUUUCAGAUUUUUACCUGCACAGAUGAGGCUCCAAGCCUGUCUGCCCUCCAGCCUGAGAAAACUUCCUUGAGAAGAAUUUAUGAAUGAUAGCCUUAGAGACAGUUUGGAAAUCCUGAAAUGCCUUACUUCAAUCCCUGCUGGCUAGAACCUUGGACAGAAAAAUCAGGUCAGCUGAUCGAAGAGUGAAGACCCCUCUCCAGUUCCACCAGAAUACCAAGGGUGUGAACGGCAUGUCUGUGGAUGAGAAGCCUGACUCCCCCAUGUAUGUGUAUGAGUCCACAGUCCACUGCACCAACAUCCUCCUGGGCCUCAAUGACCAGCGGAAAAAGGAUAUUCUCUGUGACGUGACUCUGAUAGUGGAGAGGAAGGAGUUCCGAGCCCACCGGGCUGUGCUGGCCGCAUGCAGUGAAUACUUCUGGCAGGCUCUGGUUGGACAGACAAAACAUGACUUGGUGGUCAGCCUGCCUGAAGAGGUCACUGCCAGGGGCUUUGGGCCGCUGUUACAGUUUGCCUACACUGCCAAGCUGUUACUCAGCAGAGAAAACAUCCGCGAGGUCAUCCGCUGUGCUGAGUUCCUGCGCAUGCACAACCUGGAGGACUCCUGCUUCAGCUUCCUGCAGACCCAGCUCCUGAACAGCGAGGAUGGCCUGUUUGUGUGCCGAAAGGACACCGCGUGCCAGCGCCCACAUGAGGACCAUGAGAACUCCGCGGGAGAGGAGGAGGAAGAAGAGGAGGAGACGAUGGAUUCAGAGACAGCCAAGAUGGCUUGCCCCAGGGACCAGAUGCUUCCAGGCCCCAUCAACUUUGAGGCCACUGCCCUCCCAGUAGCAGAGAAAGAAGAGGCCUUGCUACCUGAGUCCGACGUGCCCACGGACACCAAGGGGAGCUCAGAAAAGGAUGCACUGACCCAGUACCCUAGAUACAAGAAAUACCAGCUUGCAUGUACCAAGAAUGUCUAUAAUGCAUCAUCACACAGUACCUCAGGUUUCGCAAGCACAUUCAGUGAAGAAAACCCUGGCAACAGCCUCAAGCCAGGGCUUGCCAUGGGGCCGAUCAAAAGUGAGCCACCCAGCGAAGAGAACGAGGAAGAGAGCAUCACGCUCUGCCUGUCGGGAGAUGAGUCUGACAUCAAGGACAGAGUGGGGGAUGUCGAGAUGGACCGCAAACAGCCCAGCCCUGCCCCCGCCCCCGCCCCCACCACCCCCACCGGAGCCACCUGCCUGGAGAGAUCCAGGAGCGUGUCCUCGCCUUCCUGUUUAAGGUCUCUAUUCAGUAUAACAAAAGGUGUGGAGUUGUCUGGACUACCCAGUACAUCUCAGCAGCACUUUGCCAGGGGUUCAGCGUGCCCUUUUGACAAGGGGAUCACUCAGGGUGACCUUAAAACUGACUACACCCCUUUCACAGGGAAUUAUGGACAGCCCCAAGUGGGCCAGAAGGAUGUGUCCAACUUCACGCUGGGGUCGCCCCUCAGGGGGCCUGGGUUGGAGGCUCUCUGUAAACAGGAGGGAGAGCUGGACCGGAGGAGUGUGAUCUUCUCCUCGAGCGCUUGUGACCAAGUGAGCACUUCGGUGCAUUCGUAUUCUGGGGUGAGCAAUUUAGACAAAGACCUCUCCGAGCCGGUGCCAAAGGGUCUGUGGGUGGGAGCUGGCCAGUCCCUCCCCAGCUCACAGGCCUACUCCCACAGCGGGCUGAUGGCUGACCACUUGCCAGGAAGGAUGCGGCCCAACACCAGCUGCCCGGUGCCAAUCAAAGUCUGCCCUCGCUCACCCCCGCUGGAGACCAGGACCAGGACUUCCAGCUCCUGCUCCUCCUAUUCCUACGCAGAGGAUGGGAGUGGGGGCUCACCCUGCAGCCUCCCUCUCUGCGAGUUCUCCUCCUCACCCUGUUCCCAGGGAGCCAGAUUCCUUGCCACGGAACAUCAGGAGCAGGGCCUGAUGGGAGAUGGAAUGUACAACCAAGUCCGACCCCAAAUUAAAUGUGAGCAGUCUUACGGAACCAACUCCAGCGAUGAAUCUGGAUCGUUCUCAGAAGCAGACAGUGAGUCGUGUCCUGUGCAGGACAGGGGCCAGGAGGUUAAACUUCCUUUUCCUGUAGAUCAAAUCACAGAUCUUCCAAGGAACGAUUUCCAGAUGAUGAUUAAGAUGCACAAGCUAACCUCAGAACAGUUAGAGUUCAUUCACGACGUCCGGCGGCGCAGCAAGAACCGCAUCGCAGCUCAGCGCUGCCGCAAGAGGAAACUGGACUGUAUUCAGAACUUAGAAUGUGAAAUCCGCAAAUUGGUAUGUGAGAAAGAAAAACUGUUGUCGGAGAGGAAUCAACUGAAAGCAUGCAUGGGGGAACUGUUAGACAACUUCUCCUGCCUCUCCCAGGAAGUCUGCCGAGACAUCCAGAGUCCCGAGCAGAUCCAGGCCCUGCACCGGUAUUGCCCUGUCCUCAUCCCCAUGGAUCUCCCUGGAGCCUCCAGUAUUAACCCCACUCCCUUGGGUGUUGAGCAGAACCUUGCAGCCUCCCAGUGUGCAGUGGGGGAAAGUGUGCCCUGCUGCUUGGAGCCAGGUGCGGCUCCCCCCGGGCCCCCUUGGGUCCCCAGCAAUGCCUCUGAGAAUUGUACCUCUGGGAGGAGGUUGGAAGGUUCUGACCCAGGAACCUUCUCUGAGAGAGGACCUCCUCUUGAACCCAGGAGCCAGUCAGUGACCGUAGACUUCUGCCAGGAAAUGACUGACAAGUGUACGACUGAUGAACAGCCCAGAAAAGAUUACACCUAGUGACUCGGAUCUGCCUCCCAGUCCUCACACCUCUCCCAUCCAGGUGUUCUUCAGUCAGCCUAUGGCACUGUUCAUCUGUUGUCUUGAAGAACCAAGAAUGAAUUUGGUGCACACUACAGUGGUCUUAGCAGCAAUACUGUUCUGAAGUAUUCCCUCCUCUCUUCAAGCAGGAGCGACAGAGUUACCUUCACAAUGGUGCUACCCCUUGCUCAGGCAAGGAAAGACAACAGUGCGACACUGUCUGUCUGUGGGUUAAUUUCAGUCUUCACAGGGAUAGACUACAACACCUCGAGGACCCAACCACGGAUUUUUUUUCUCAGUGGCCCAUGUCACAAACCCUAUCUCAGGAAUUUCUUCUGAAUGUUCAAUUUUUUUCAUUGAAGACAGCUUCUAUACACAUCAAAAUUUUAUAGCUAUACUGUACAUAUUAUAUAUAAUAUAUAUAAAGUAUAUAUAUAUAUAUAUAUCCAUAUGCAAAAUUCCUGCAUGCCUCAAUUUUCUCAAAACUGGAAACUUCAUUUCUCAUUUAUAAACAGGUUCCAACAUUCCUCUUCUUUUGUCUCUGAUGCUUAAAACCAGUUUGGUAACUGUUAACGUUUUUCUUGCUUCACAGUUCAAUUUGUGCUUAUUUAUGGAUAAAAUUCAAUGUUGGAAGCUUUUCAAGGUUUUAUUUUAGACCCUUAUUUUGUUUGUUUAGUUUGGUUUGGGCACCGCCAGGUGGUGUCGUGUGAGCAUCGUGGGUUUGUUCUCCGUUUUUGUUUUGUUUUGUUUUGUUUUUCCUUGCAGAUACUGUACAGUAAUGGUCAACUUUGCCACUUGCACUGAGUCUUGGGUCAAACCUAUUUUCUUAAAUGAAGUUGUAACUUCAGUAUAUCUCAAGUAUACUGUAUAUUCUUUGCUUUUAGUUUAAAAAGUAAAACAUUUUAGCUAAUUUUAAAAAGCACUCAGGUGAUAAUUAUGUAGGAAAAACAAUCUUGCCAAAUAAUGAAUUCAUCCUAGGAUGUUUAGACAAUAAUCUGCUUGAAUAUUUUUAUAUUUCACCUCGUCCCCACCUUUCCCUAAGUAAAGUUUAACUGCAGAUAAAGGACUUCAGAGUUGAUGCUGGAUGUUCAGAUUCCUGGGUGGGGAGAGAGUUUGGACAUCUCACUCAAAAUUGCAUCAAAGUAGCAGGAAUCUAUGCUUUCUCACCAGAACUCAGCAGGCAAAGUCUCCUAGAAAUCAAGCUAGAACUGUUUUCUUUCCCAGGGAGUAGGCUCAUCCAUUUCAGCACUUCAUUAGCUUGCUCUUAGAAGUGUUAUGCAGUAGGACCUUCUCCUUUGAAGGACCAACCAUCGGCUUUCCUGCCUGGGAUUGGCCUCCCAGGACAUCUCCCCUGAGGGAAUUUGAGUCGCAGCCUGAGGGUCCUGUUUAAGGGGCAGCUCCCCGAAAGUAGGAGAGAACAUGGCAGACUCGAGCCUGAGAUCCAUCCCUGACGUGGACUAACACAUUUCUUCUCCUUUCCUUCUCCUAAUGCUAAGUUGUACUCUGAGGCUUUUUGCCAUUCUCUUGUCUGAAGGCAGCUUCAUUCAGAGGCUUUGGAGGAGACAUCACCAGGAGUCCUCCCUGCCCCUCUUCCCAAACACACACACACAUACACCCUACCCUCACCUGAUGAUCAUUUUCUUCUCUUGCUGCAAAACUGGUUGGCUUGCAACCCAGAGAGAGCAGCUUCCCUUGGCUCUGGGGGCAUCCUGGCCCCUGGCCAUGUUUACAGGAAGGUGUGCCCCAAGGAAGAGGAAUCAGCUCCCUCCUUCCAGUGGUCCCAUCUCCUCUCACUAAGCAGCCUGAAGGCCACUUCAGCCUGGCUGUAAAAGAGAGUCCAGAACAGUUUGAUGUGGGAAUGGGGUGGUGGGCAGUGGGAAUAGAUGGUUGACUUUGUUUCUUUUUUGUGCCAUUGUUUGGACAAUAUUAAAGCUGCAUGUAAAAGGAGAAAUUAGUAGAUGAUUAGUAGGCGAAAAGUGAAAUCAUAGUAACAUAUGUUUUAGUAUUAACUUUUUUCUGUACAAAUAUUAGCACUAAAUGUUUAAAUAUGUAUGAAUGCCAGAAAUUUGUUGGUUCAUGCAGUAGGAUUUAAAAAAAAAAAAAAAGGCUUUUCUUUUAAAAUAGUUCCACUUUUGAAACCUGCCUCUGGGUUUUCGUUUCUCCAUGUGUGUGUGUGUGUGUGUGUGUGUGAGUGUGUGUGUGUGUGUACACAUACGAACUUGUCAAAGACAGAUUUUAAUAGAGCUCUGUGUUGGAGCUACUGUCUUUUGUUACAGUUGUUGGAAUUUCUCAGCCUCGUAGAACAGCUCUGUGCUUCACCGGGAGGUUUGCCUUUGUGGAAAACUGGUGACAGCUAGAAUUUUAACUCAAUGUGAAUCAUGUGAUACUUCACAGGUGUGUGUUAUGGUGCAAGAGUCAGCAGACAGUAUUUUUUUUUAACUCUCCCGUUGCCUUUUUAAGUGACCUCUCCUCUUUUUUUAAAAAAGGAAUGUCUUCUGCUCAUAACUAACCAGGUGCAGACCAGCUUCUUUGCUUGAUUUACCCUGGUAACAACUCAUGUGCAACUGGUAGUCUUGACCACAUUCCAUCUGUUUCCCCAGGUUUCUGUUGUUCAGUAGCCCAGACCUGAGUGGCAGCCAUUUCCAGGAGGGAAGGGGUCUCUUUUUCUCUUCACCCUAACUCAACCUUCAUUUCCCUCCCAUCAGCCUCUGCCUCACUUUUCUUCCUCUUCCCCUGCCCAACCUCUGCCAUGGGAACUGGCUUUAAAAAAAAAUGUUAAAAAAAACAGUCAUUCUACUUCUGAAGUAUUUUUAACAAGUUAUUUCAUUCAUUAGCCACAACAAACAGUGACUGAUUUUAUGUAAUUGUUCAUGUGAUAGUCUGUGUCUUUUGCUAUUCUGAAUCAUUGUUUGUCAGAAAUAUUUCUGUCUCAGUUCAAAGGGAGGUCUUGCUGGGGACCAGAAUCCAAAUUGCCUCAAAGUGGAAUUGAAAAACCCAGUCUGUCUUCUUUACCUGGGAUCCCUUAGUCAACCUCAUGCCUUUUAUAAAAAGGAAAAGCAAGUGAACAGCAAAGAAUAAAUGUUUGCACAACAAGGUAACAUUCAGUUGUAUUUUUUAAGAGUUCUUCCUUACAAAAAUAAAGAACACUCCAAUAGUGGGCUCUUUGGGAGGAUCUCUGUGACAGCCUGGUUGCAUUUCCAGAUGGUCAGGAUAAUAGGAAUGGAUUGUGGUGGUAGGGCCAGUGCAGGUGACCCCAAGACUAAUUAACAUCCCACCUAAAUCUAGUCCUCUCUGGGGAUCCAUCUUUGUCCUAUUUGUGUCUCCAGACCACCUCCCUUCAUUCAGGUUGGUCAGGCUUUGGGCAGGUGAGUGCUUUGCUAUAUGUCUUUGUUUCUCUGCGUUAUCUGGGGGUGCCUUGAAUAAAAUCAAACUUCAUUACAUACUGAUUCUGGAACAAAAAUGGUUUUUAAAACUUUUUAAAAGAAAAGAAAAAGCUAGCAAAUUUACUAGGCCAUCCUGCUACUUCUCUUCCGAGUUCCCAUAACGAUGACUCAGGCGUCAGAGGUGAUGCUGCAGUAGAAAAUGUUAUUUUGUAUGUUGUACAAAGUAAUUUAUUGACUGUCUUUCUAAAAGUAUGCUGCUUUUUAAGAUGCACUAUAAUUUUGGAUUUAAUCCUUGUAUAGCUUUUCCAAGGAAGUAAAAAAAAAAAAAAAAAAAAAAGGCUAGUGACUAGUAUGCCAACUGCCACUUCUCCUUAAAAAGGAGCUCGGGGACCAAGCUACAGGACUUUCAUGAGAGGACUGGCAAAAACCUACAUAUUCUCUUUUAAUGUUUAUGAUUGCCAUUAAAGAAGAGAGAAGAAGGAGAAGCAGCAACAACAAACAUGGAUUUGAAAAUCGUAAGCCUUUAAAGAAACCUCAAAGUCCUGCCCCAGGAAGCUGCUCUGCAUCCAAUGGAGUAGUAUUUUCCUCUCAAAAUGAGUCAAAGCCUGCAAAGCUUUCUAUAGAACAUAGCAAACUGCUUCUAUACACCAUGCCUCAUUUAAACUAGGAGCUGUUUUAUAAGUGACUUCAAACUGCUCCACUAUUGCUUACAGUUCAGGAGGACUCUUCAGAUCUGGAAAGAUCUGGGUAAAAAUUAAGUUUUGUCCUCGAAUCAUGGAAAACAGACUAGAGAUCAAGAUUUUCUUUAAAGAAUAAAGCUAUUCAUUGUAUCAUGAGUUAGUGUUUCUUCCCAAAUUCGGGAUCUUCUUGUAGGUCCAAUUUUUGGCAAGUCAGUUGCCAGUGAGAUGCCCUGUGUCAAGUUGGUAUUCAUAAAGGAAAUCUGUGUGCAUGGAGGCAUUUUGUGUCCAAAGUGUAUGUUUUAAUACUGCCCGAGCCAUCUAAUGACCCAAGCAUCCAAGACUGAUGCUGUAGAAUAGAAUAUAUUUGUACACAAAUAGCGUGUGCAAAUAGUAUUUGUAUAUAGAAAAGUCUUCUUGUGGCAGAUUGAGGAUAAAUUAUUCAACCGACAGUGCAAAAACAUUACUUGCAAAGAGAAGUAAGUGUAUGGUAUUUUCCUACACUCCACUCUGGGUCAUAAUUAUUUAUAUCAAAUGAAUAUCAGUACAUUUUAAUCGUAGUAUGAAAAUGAUGCUGCCAUUUUGUGAAGAAUACCCACUUGGUUGCAAAGGCCAACUUUUGUAGCUUUGAUUUAAUGUUGUGACAUGGUGUAUGCAUUUCACUAUUAAGCAAUGAACAAGCAACUCUGACUUUCAUUUUCAUUCCAGUUUAUUGACCUCAGAUAAAACAGUGGCCCUUGGUAGAAGCAGAAGUGCACCAAGACCAUUCAUUUCAGGUAGACUCACAUUCAGUGCCAAAUGCUCCCAUGGGGAUAAUUGGACAUGGAUAUCAGGAAAGAGUGAAGGGACUUGGACAAAGAGAGCUUUUCCUAUGUUUGAUGCUAAGUCUUCUACCAAAACAUGUCUGGAGGCAGAACAGUGCAUUUUGUGUGUGCAAAUGCUAGAAUGUCCAUUCACACUCUGACAAAAGAACAUGGCACUUCUAGUGAGUUAUCAGGAAGAUGGCAAAUGCAUUUGGGAGCUUCGGGUGCUUGUUAGACACAGUAAGCCAAUCAAGGCAAGAGGGCCUGUGAGAAUUUGUUCCAGAACCAGUCUGAUGCAAGUGCACCUCUAAUAUAUGCCUUAUAAACUCCAGAGGCCAUAUUCAAAACAGGGUCUUCUCAGCGUAUGCAAGGGGCUGCAGCCCCUCUUCCCUUCCCCCCAGGUCGAACAAUAGGGACAGUUUUCACACAUAUCUACCUGUAUAACCCUCUGUACCUCUCAUAACUGGUCAACGACUGUAACAGGUUACAUCAGGUGUUUUUCUACAUACUUUUUACACAGAUUCUAUGCGAUUAAUGUAACUUAAUUCAAUGCAUCAUUUUAUUGUACUAGUUCUUAGGCUUGUCCUUAUUUUUGUUUUCUAAGUGAUUGUGGUUUUUCUUGUGGUUUUCCUUAUUGUAAAGAUGAAAUGGCGGUUGAUGCUUAUUAUCUGUAACUAAGAAUUUUUACCUUUUUGGGGAAAACAUUGCUAAGAACUAAUGAAUUGAAACUUCAUUUACUCAUUGUAAAUACACUAUUGUGCAAAAAAAAAUUCACUCAGUUGAAUUGCUAGUGUUAACUGAAUUUUGUCUAGACACCAUUUCUGUUGAUGAAAUAAAGACAUAUCAUUAUGCAUUGUAAA